UUACUCGACUUCCGGCCGAGGAGCAACACAAGAGACUUCGCUGCGGCGGCGGAGAGACACAAUAACAAAGCCAUGGGAGAAAUGUCCGGCUUCGAGAACAGACUGCAGUCGUACUCGUCCACACAGCUGCACGAGCUGCUGGAGGACGAUGGCAAGCUCCGGGAAAUGGUCGGGGAGAUGGAGGAGAUGCAGGAAAUGCAGCAGAAUAAAGAGCUGACGAUCGCCAGUAACCGCAGCCUGGCGGAGCAGAACCUCAACCUGCAGCCUGAACUGGACCAUCAGAAGAUCCAGCUGACCAAACGCUACUGCUGUUUACAAGAUCUGCACGAGUCCUACCAGCUCCGCAGGUCCACGCUAGGAAACAGUUCACUAGACACAUUGUUGGCUCUUUUGCAAACCGAGGGAGCCAAGAUCGAAGAAGAAACAGAGAACAUGGCCGAUUCAUUCUUGGAUGGAUCCUUGCCUCUGGACAGCUUCAUUGAUGAUUACCAGAGCAAGAGGAAGCUGGCACAUCUGAGGCGUGUGAAGAUCGAUAAGCUCCAGGAGAUGGUGCUGAAGGGUGUUCAUCUUCCUCAGGGUUCCUCUAAUGAGCCCUCACAACCUCAGGAGACCCAUAACUCCACCGCACCUUUCCAAAGGCUAGCUAAUGGUUCUCCAGCUCAUGUAAGACCUGCACCGACAUCUCAACCAUCAGCCAUGCCUUACAACCUUCAGAGCAUCGGUGCUCCUCUGCCAAACACGGUGCCAUCAUAUUCAUGUCCAUACCCACAAGCACUCCCUCAAGGACCCGGCGCUGGUCUUCCACCGCGAGCAGGUUUUAUAAUGCAAUGAUGUUCUUCUGCCUGAGCCUUUCCACUAGAACGUGAAAUGCCAUUUUCCUCCCUUUUUCUUUAGAUGCACUUUGAUCGCAAACAGGUUUGGGUUUCUGUAGGUCCACACAGAACCUGUGUCCACAGAAUUCAGAAGUUCAGCAGAUUUCUGCUCACUCUCUGCCACUUGUAUGUAUUAAAUAUUGGGAUGAAUUUUUUUCUCACAUAAUCAACACAGAAAGUGCAGAAAGAUCUAAAGAUUUCUUGUGGACCUGCCUGUUGAUUAUCAAAGAAUUAAUUUCAGUUUGUUUGCAUAACAUAAAAUGCUGUAAGAUGCAUUAAGACGAUUAUGAUUCAGAAUCAAAAGUUGUAAUCUGAAAAGUAGUGUGACUUCUAAACAAUGGGAGUAUUGCAUUCCUCAUGUAAAUAUCCUAAUUUAACUGAAACUGAUAUUGAGACUGAUUUGAAAAUAGGUCCUUAUGCACAUGUAAGACAAUUUUACUGUGUCCUUUUAUAUUUUAUAUAUCACUGUAACGAUAACAGACAAUAUUGGCAUUUUGGACUUCUGGGUUAAAAACUGACCAAAGAUGCACUCCACCUGUUCCAUGCGCGCUCUGUUCAGUGGUUUUGAAUAUAGUGGGUUUGUUGGACUUCAUUUUGAUUUCAUUCUAACAUGAAAUGUUUAAAUACUCCUGUGGCAUUAACAGACCAGCCUGACAGAAAGUCUGUUAUAGAAAGACUUUCUUAGUGUUAAUCAGACUUUAGUAAACAGUUUAAUUAUCCUAAACUGAAUAAAACUAUCCUUAAAUAGCUACUAUAUUAAAUAUAAUAUAAAUAUUAUAUAAUUAGAAUGCUGUUUACAACAUUUCCGAUAUGUAAAGUGAUCUAUUUUGGCACUGUAUUUCUGAUGAAAUCUUGUCUUUGCAGAGAAGUGCAGGUACUUUGAUGUAAGAACUGUCAUGCUGGGUUGUGACCAUUCUUGAGCACGUUUUAUAUGAAGGAUGUUAUUAUGCAAGUCUGUAAAGUUAGAGAGUAAAGUCACUUACUGUAUACUGAUGUAAGUACAGUACAGGUAAAAGAAAUCAAAUGUGCCUUGCUACAGAACAAACAAGUGACGUUUAAUGAAGAAAGCAUUUAUUCACACCGUCGCUGUGCUUUGAUAAAUCUUCGAAGCCAUCUACAACUUUCUGUUUCUGAAGACAAUAAAUGGUGCAGAAUCCUUUUGAACUGUUUUAUCUGUAGU